AUGGAAAACGACAUAAAAACCAUUCUUGAAGAACUAAAGCGAAAACUUAAAGAUUAUAAGUUGCACCAAGACUCAUACUCAGAUGUCAUACCUACUUUGGAACGCAUGGUAAAAGAACAUAUGACCAGAUAUGAACAACAUGCAAUUCCGCAAGAAUAUGGAGACGAGUAUGCAGAAAUUUUUAUCAAGGCUACAGAACCAGAACCGGAGCCAACAGUGAGCGGUGUUGAUGAUCAACAAUCAAAAAAUUUAGGAGACAAUAAGAAUAAUACUAUUAAAUCAGAAGGAGAUAAAAAACAAGCGCCUCCAAACAAUGUUACCUCAAACAAUAAAUCUGCUAAUGGAGACAAAAAAAGUAUUUCAAAAUCUUCUAAAGUUCUUAGUAACAAACAAACUAAUAAUAACAAUAAUAAUAAAGACAACUGUAAUGCUACUAAGACAGUCAAAAACGACAAAAUAAAAUCUGAGGAAAUUAAAAAGUCUGUACCAAAAAUGCUACCAGAUAAAACACGUACUCAAACAAAGGGUCCAAAUAAAAUAUUGUCAGCUAUUGACACUGUCAAAAGAUCUGUGACAAAUUCAGCUCAAGUGAGACCAAAAUCCAGUAUGUGGCCUACGGUAGAUCGAAAUGUUUACAACCCUCUUGCAAAAUACAAAGACGAAGUGGAUGCUGCUAUCAAGGCCAAAAAAACAUUUACGGUUAAAGGUUCCUUUCCUGCAAUUAGAAGGGCACUUCUUCGGAGAGGCUGGAUCGAAAAACUGGGAACAACUCACAGAGAUCUAAAUACAGCAGAUUUAAGAACAUACGCUUCUAAAGCUAUUGUCGAAUUACUUGAUUUAAUCAGACAGAAUCAUCCAGAGUCGAAUUUGUGUAAGCGUAUCAUUAGAUCAAAGUUAUUGAUAAACCACCAGGUUGAUUUUUAUUGGGGUUUUAAUUAUCAUGGCUUUCGAGAAUGUCCUGACAAAAAUAAAUUGACCCUGAUCAACAAAAUAAGAUGGUAUUCGCCCACAUACACAAGCAAACAAGGCAUGUGCAUUUCAUCUCAAAAGGCAUUUUGGUUCAACAUACCUGGCGUAGCUGGUCUAAACCAUCCACGAAGUUAUAGAUUAGUAAAAGACGGGGAUGUAGAGGAUUUCGUGAAGGACUUUAAUUUAACGGCCGCUAUGUCGCUGUUAAAAUGGGUACAGAUAACUAAAGAAACAGGACAAUGUCGAAUAAUUAGUAGUUCUGGAAAGGUACCCAUUAAAAUAUUGGAUUUUGCAGUUAACGAAUGCUACAAAUUCAUAAAGAAAUCAGUUCAUGAAGAUAUUGACCAUGAAAUAAAGGAAGCAGUAUCGUUAGAAUGGAAUGAAUUUCUGGAAUAUUUUUACAAGAUUGUGCAUAUCGGCAAUCAUUUCAAGGAAGAAUCUUGUGUAACAGAAAAAGACUUGGUGCGAAGAGCAACGUUUGUUUUGGAAAAACUCAAAGAAUACUGGCCUUUUUUGAAUAUGGAUGGUGUUAUGAAUAUCUGGAUUUUAAAGCCCGCCAAUAGUUGUAGAGGUGUUGGAAUACAUAUGUGCAGAACAAUUAAAUAUGUUUUAGAUACUCUCAAAAAUAACCCCCAAAGAAGGUAUAUUAUUCAGAAAUAUAUUGAACGACCCCUGCUUAUAUACAACACAAAAUUCGACAUUCGCCAAUGGUUUUUAAUAAGUUGUGCAAAUCCUCUCACAAUAUGGAUUUACAGGCAGUGUUAUGUAAGAUUCAGUUCCCAAACCUACAGCUUAAGGAAACUACAUGAGUCAAUACAUCUUACAAACAAUUCCAUUCAAUGCAAGUACCAGAAUCAAACACGGGAUAUGAACUUACCAAGUUUUAACAUGUGGGACUCUGUUCAGUUUAGGAACUACUUAUCAGAUAUAGGACACCCAACGGUUUAUAAUAAAAUCAUAUUUCCUGGAAUGAAAGAAUGUAUCACAGCUGCUGUGCUCACGCAUUAUGAAAAUAUGGACCAGAGACAAAACAGCUUUGAGUUAUACGGUGCUGAUUUUAUUUUAACAGAAGAUUUUAAACCUUGGUUAUUGGAGAUUAAUUCAAAUCCAGCACUAUAUGGUUCAACGCCCAUCACUGCAAGAUUGUGUCCUAGAGUUUUAGAGGAUGUUAUUAAAGUAGUUGUUGAUUUUGCAAGAAAUAAGGAAUCAGUUACCGGUGGCUUUGAACCUCUUUAUAAAGGAACCGAAACAAAAUGUCAAAAUACUGAACUGAAAAUUGCCGGUAAGCACAUGAAAAUACAAGACAGUGAACAAAACAAUAUUCAAGGAAAUGAAUACAAUGUUGUAAAAGUAAAAUCGCCUCAGAAAAAAACGGGAAAGGUGAAAGAUAUUGGGAUAAGUAUGAAAAAAACUCUUGAAGAUCUUUUGAAUCUAAUUCAAAGUGAACGGGAAAGAAGAGAAAGUCUACUUGAUGACGAAACCCAAACUUAUACCGAAGAGUAUGUCGAUGAAGUUACUGAAACCGAAGAAAUUGUUAGUCAUGAUAUAGGCAGUUUUUGCGAAAUAAUAAAAAUAUAA